GUUUUAAACAUUUUUUAUUGUAAUUAAAAAUUCCAAAUUGAUUAAUUUAUUUAAACUGUAUUUCUUCUGAUUGAAACUGAGUUGAUGGAUAAAAUUCAACUUGAUCAAAAAGGUACACUAUGGAAAAAAGAUUUUAAAAAAUUAAAGUUUAUGGAGUUCAAUUUAAUAUGCAUUGCCCAAAAAUAUGAAUAUCUAGGAAUGACCCACAAUAUUUCUUAUUAAAAAUUAUCAAUGUUGCCAACUAUAAUCACUAUUUGAGACGAUGAUUUAUUAACUUAUUUAAAAUUUAAAUAAUAAAUAUACAUUAAAUAAUAUUAUUUAUUAUUUCUUGUUAUAUAAUUAAUUAUUUCCUCAUAAAUAUUUUAUUUAACGCCACGUUUAGGUAUUUGAAAAUUAAAGAUUCAAAAGUUGGCAACCCUAAUCUGAAAACGAAGUGCUUGGAACGUCACCGCCUGUUCUUGUCAUUUUUUAUCCCCGCCCCACACGAAGUCGGAAAAAUUAAAAAAUGCCCCGAAAAUAGAAACGGGCUCGCCGACCAAAAAUUCGAAACGACAAAUGCGGCGCAACGAAAUGCGGGAAGGGACAGACGUCUCCUUCGGACUGUGUCCGACGCGCGUUUCGAGGUUAAGCAGUGCCGAAUGAAUCAUUAAAUGUACUCGUUACGUUUGAGCUACCGGCGCCUCUUCCUGACCGUCCUGGUUCUAGCUCAGGCGGUGCUCGUCGCCGUUUUCCUCUACGUCCAGAUCAACCGACCUAAGGAGGCCACCGGCGAUGUGGUCAGUUUCUUCCAGAGUCUGGAUACGUACAAACAUAAUCUCAUUACAUAUCACACUGUAGAUAGUAAAAUUAACUUGAGGAGCGUGGGUGCGAGGUACAGUUUUAUAGAUUUCAACUCGAGCGUGUGCUACAAAAAUGGUACAGAUCUGAUGUCGAUGAACAGGACUAAAAAUCUGCAGUGGUCCUGUAAUUGCUUACAAGGAUGGCAUGGCAUUGAUUGUGGGCAGCCUGAGGUUUUCUGGAGGGCUAUGUUGGCUAACCGAAAGCCAAUUAAAGUGAAGGGGCCGAGGUUUUUUGAAAGAAGAAUUAUUUAUAUAUUUACUGUAGAUCAGUUCUCUGAAAGUGUGGCUGAUAUUCGAGUCAAUGAGCUGAAUGACAUUGUUGAUUUAUUUAUACUUUAUGAGAGUCAAUCUGAUAAUUAUUUAGAAAGUAAGCUUAAUAAUAAUUUUUUGAAAGAAUUUCACAAGAAAAUUUUGUAUGUCAAAGGGAACUUAACAGAUAUUUGGAGGACAGUAAAACCUUUGUUGAAGAAUCUCAGGAAUGAAGACCUUCUAGUAACAAGCAAUAGCAGUGAAAUUCUCAACAAACAUGCUUUAAGCUUUACAAAAUAUUAUGAUAAUUGGCCACAACCAUUGCGCUUUCGUUUGAGGUGGUCCGUUUUUGGUUUUUUUUGGAUACACCCCAGCAAAACAAUCAUUACUGGAGGAGCUUGUACAGUGUCUUAUUUGAAACACAAUCUGGAUGAUAGACUGGAUUUUUUAAUAGAUAACAGGACCUUAUCAAAUCCUGCACACAAAGGUAUCAUAUUAGGAGACCUUAAUCAUUUUGGAGGAUGGUAUUGUGAAUAUUGUACAGAUGCAAAUAGAAUAGUAGAAUUCCUCAAAACUAGAAAGAGUGAUAUAAUAGACUGGAAUAAAGUGAACAAUCCCAAGAUAGAUAACCAAUUUAUAGAAGAUUUGAUAGAAAAUGGUAUUUAUAUAGACAGCAAAACAGAACUGAAAAGGAGUCAUAGAUACUCAGACAAUUAUUAUGCCCCUAAAUUUGUUACAGAUUUCAGCUGGAAAUAUGACUAUCUGAUCAUCAAUUUCUAUUCCAAAAUUGAUUAUUAUGAAGGAUGAGAAAAAAUCCCUUUGCUUGCUUUCAAUUUAACCUGUAUAGUAACCAUUGUUCAUACUUAUAUAGUGCACAUCUGUAAAUCAGCACAAAAGUCCUAAAAUUAUCUGUGAUAAUUAGCAUAUUGUGAAUUAUUUAAUGAAUUUUGUUGUGCAUUAAAAAAAUACAUGAUUAAAAAAAUGUUUUUUGUUUAAUUUUAAAUAUAUCCCACUAAUCUACCAGCCCCUUCACAAUAAUCAAAUUGUGUAAAUAAUAAUUUUACUGAUUAAACUAGUUAUUUUAAAACACUAGACCACUAAACAUUCUAAAAGUUC